CCGGCCUCGCGUGCUUCCUUCGGCCGUGCCGCGCUCCGGCGGCAAGGACGGAAGGGAGUGGCCGGAGGGGUGGAGCGGAUCCCGGCAGGGAUGCGGUAGCUCCCGGGAUAUCCCGACCCCUUGCUCCGGGACGCGGUGAAGCUGCCAUUCCCAAACCGCUCUGCAAUGGCCUCAGGGAGCGAGGAGGAGCCUCCGCAGGCACUGGAACGCCGGGGGAGCAUGUGCAGCUCAGAGGGCCGCGUGGCGGAGGAGGCCGAGGAGGUGUUCCGGGGUUUCGCAUUCUACUGCUACCAGCAGGAGCGCGAGGAGCGAGGGGCAGAGGUGCCGCAGGACCCGGAGAUCGAGCAAAUCCAGCAGGACAUGGGGAGCACCGAGAGCCUGGUGGGGCGGCGCUUGGCCAUCAUCGGGGAUGACAUCUACAGGCGCUACGACGGCGAGUUCCACGCCAUGCUGCAGUCCCUGAAGCUCACCCCCGAAAACGCCUACGAGCACUUCACCAAAAUCGCCUCCAGCCUUUUCGAGAGCGGCAUCAACUGGGGCCGGGUGAUCGCGCUGCUGGCCUUCGGCUACCGCAUGGCCAUGCACGUGUGGGAGAGCGGCGUGGGCAGCUUCCUGCGCCGCAUCGCCCGCUACCUCGGGGACUUCAUGCUGCACAACCACAUCGCCCAGUGGAUCGCCCAGCAGGGAGGAUGGAGGGCCGUGCUGGACCUGGACAAUGUUUACGUGAAGUACGUGCUGGUGGCAGCCGUGGUGGUGCUGGGGCACCUGGCGGUGCGGCGCUUCUUCGCCUCCUGAGCGGGCGCGGCGCCGGGGGGCUGCUGAGCGGCCCCUCCUCUGCUGCCAGCCCCAGAACCGCCCGGAGGGAGCGCGGCUCGGGGCUGGGACCCUCCUGCUGCACGGUCUGGGGGCUCUGCACCCCCAGGAGAGGACUGGGGAGGGAGAGGGGCUCUGCUUUGUUGUGUUUGAUGCCUCAAAAAGCUGCUGAGGAGGGGGCGUGGCUGGGAGGGGAUAUCCCUGGGAUGGGACAUCUCUGGGAUGGGACAUUGCUUUGAGGGGACAUCUUUGGGAUGGGACAUUGCUUUGAGGGGACAUCUCUGGGAUGGGACAUUGCUCUGAGGGGAUAUCUCUGGGAUGGGACAUCUCUGGGAUGGGACAUUGCUCUGAGGGGAUAUCUCUGGGAUGGGACAUCUCUGGGAUGGGACAUCUCUGGGAUGGGACAUUUCUGGGAUGGGACAUCUUUAGGAUGGGACAUUGCUUUGAGGGGACAUCUCUGGGAUAGGACAUCUCUGGGAUGGGACAUCUCUGGGAGCCCCAGCUCCUCUGGAGCAGCAGAGGGGUGUGACAAUGCCCCAGUGGCACCGUGUGAUAAUGCCUGCGUGUGCCAGCGGUGGGUCCUGUGCCCCUGGGGCAGGAGCAGAGCCCCCUCCCCAUCUCUUGACAGCUCCAUCCCCCCGUGGUUGAUCCCAGCCCUGGCUGCUCCAGCUGUUGGGAAUCCCAGCAGGGAUCCCAGGAUCCCAGCUCCCGAGCCCAGCAUUUGAACCUUUCCCGGCCUUUUCAUGGACAUCCCGACCCUUUUCCACCGAAACCCUCCUGGCCUGGGCCCUGGCCCGUGUUCCCUGCCCAGCCUGGAGCUCCAGCAGCUUCCCCAACACUAAAAACCCGCGGGUGCCCGGGCAGGCAGUGGCCCUGUCCUCCUCUGCCCACCAGCUGGGCUCCCUGGCUCUUACUGGGAGGCACUGGAGCUGCUGUCAGGAGCUGGAGCAGCUCCGUGCAGGGACUUGUCCUGGUUCCGUUCCUGACCGGUGUUUGGGUGAUUUUGGGGCGAGGAGGGGAGCAAGCUCCUCUCUCCCAUCCCAAACCUUCCCGAUUUUUGCAAACCAGGGAACUCUAGCUUGUAAUUCCCUGUCCUACCCAAGCUGCAGGAUCCCUCCCUCUUCUCCCCUUGCAGCUGCCCCGCCUGAAAUUUUGAACACAUUUCUCCUGUCCCUGCCUCAUUUUUUUUUAACAGAACAAAAAACUCGUUUCCAUAUCUGAGCUUGUCGUUUCGCUCCUGGCUGUUCCUGCAGGAUCCCUUCUCCCUGAUGGGAAUGCUCUGAGCUGUGCUUAAGAGAAAAGCAUUAAAAUAUUUGCUGUAUUAUCCCCGCUCCUGCUCGGAUGCUUUUGCCUCGUGCGGGGCAGCACAACCUGGCCGUGCUGAGGUUUUGUGGCCACAGCUGAGGUUUUGUGGCCACAGCUCAGGUUUUAUGGCCACAGCUUAGGUUUUGUGGCCACAGCUGAGGUUUUGUGGCCACAGCUCAGGUUUUGUGGCCACAGCUCAGGUUUUGUGGCCACAGCUGAGGUUUGGUGGCCACAGCUCAGGUUUUGUGGCCACAGCUGAGGUUUGGUGGCCACACCUGAGGUUUUGUGGCCACAGCUCAGGUUUUGUGGCCACAGCUCAGGUUUUGUGGCCACAGCUGAGGUUUUGUGGCCACAGCUGAGGUUUGGUGGCCACAACUGAGGUUUUGUGGCCGCACCCGAGGUUUUGUGGCCACACCUGAGGUUUGGUGGCCGCACCUGAGGUUUGGUGGCCGC